UUUGUGUGUUGCGUGUUUGCAUCAUUUUCCUCCACUGCCAUGCAAGCCAGCGCAAAGCGAUCGCACGCAGCACAACAAGCAGCAGCAGCAGCACAACAAGCAGCAGCAGCAGCACAACAAGCAGCGCCUCCCUCAACAACCACCAACCACCAAGAUGGGACAAGGUGUGACCCACAUGACGGUGAUCAACGCGUCACCUGCGCCCGCCACGGUGAGCGCUCACGUGCACGGUGUUCAGCAGAACACACACGAGCAGCACACCAUCACCAUCCAGCCCCAGCAGUCGGGCCUCAUCUCCCUCACCCGCCAGGCCGCCGGCGACUUCCACGUCGACUGGGCCAUCAACUUUUCCAAUGGAACGCAUGCGGAGUUCCGGGACCACCUGCCGCCCAUGCAACAGAGCAAGACCAUGCUCCUGGGCAACGCCAACGUCACCAUUGACGGCAACAACGUCGCCCACGUCAAGCGCGGCACCGCCCGCAAGCACCCGCACCACGCCGCGGCCAAGAGCGCAUACGCCAAGCCGAUGGACGUGCCGCCUGCGGUGCUGCCCCGCGGCCGCGUCAUCCGCCUCCGCUCGUACAAGACGGGCAAGAACAUCAUCGUCGACAGGGAGGGCAACCUCACCGCAACCGGCGGCGACGGCCCCUUCACGCGGUUCGUGGUUGACCCAUCCCCCAGCGGACACCUGCGCCUGCGCAGCGAGAAGUUCCCCGACAAGUACAUUGCGCUCAAGGGCCAGGCCGGGUCUGGCGGCGGCCAGUGCGAGCUGCGUGUGCAGAUGAUUGGACCAAACAGGUACAUCCUCCGCUCCAUCGACGGCUCCCGAGGCGUUGGGUUCCGCCAGGACGGCUGCCCCAAGCCAUCGCAGGAGGUUGGCCUUGGCGAGGGUGCCUCCUUCACCAUGACCUUUGCUGACGUCCAGCACCCGCCCUUCCCCGGCCACGCCCCACCCGGCCGCGCCCCACCCGGUCGCGCCCCACCACCAGCCCAGCCACCGUUUGCACCCCCGCCGGCCCAGUCCCCCUACCCGCCACCACCAGCGCAUCAGAGCCCCUUUGCACCGCCACCGGCCCAGUCGCCGUACCCGCCACCACCCGCUGGAGGCGUGCACCCCGCCCUCCGCGCCGGCGCUAUCAUCCGCCUGCAGAACGUGGCGAGCGGGAAGUUUGUCCGCAUCAACGCCGACAACACCAUGACUGCCAACGGCGGCCAAGGCGAGGGCACGCGGUUCACGGUGAACCCGUCGCUGAACGGCAACCUUCGCUUUGAGAGCAUCAAGCACCCAGGCCGCUUCCUUAGCGCCAAGGGCACCUCUGGCAGCGGCGGCGAGUUUACGGAGUUUGUUGCGCACCCCACGGGCCAGCCCAACACGUUCAACUUCCGCCUGCGCAACGAUGCCGCUGCGCUCGGCUUCAACGCAGACGCCUCUGUCAAGCAGCCAAGCAGCGUUGGUCGCGGCAAGGCCGGCACCUUUGUUGUCUUCCCGGCAUAAACCACGCCGCUCACGCGCAGCCCAUACACGUUGCACAUGUUGCACACGUUGCACACGUUGCCGGCCUGUUCUUUGUUCUCUGUUUUUGAGCGGUGGUGCAGUCGUUUGCGUUGCCUUUGGCGUUCCUUUCCAUCUUGCACGCCUGACACACUUAGUCCCUCUUGUUUUUCUCCGCUUCAGUUGUCCCUGCCUCCCUUUUACCGGUCCUGUCCGUACCUUGCCACUUGACCACGCAACUCUGCGUGCUGAAUGCCCAAGUACACUGACCCUCCCCCGAACACCUUCCAUUGCACACGCGCGAGAGCACGGGUUGGGUGAGUGCUGG